AUGACCAUUUUACUAUGGUUAUUCUAUUUAUUUCAUAUUAUUAAUGGUAUAUCUAUAGUAAAUAAACCACCAGAUUCUACCUAUCCUGAUAUACCAAAUACUUUGGUCGAUAUUUUAUCAUCUCAACCUCAAUUUUCAUAUUUCCUAAGGCAUUUACAACGCCAUGGGCUAAUUCCUCAAUUAAAUUUGAUGAAAAAUGUUACUUUAUUAGCUCCUAUAAAUCUGGCUUUUGUUAAUAAGAAUAAUGAUGAUGAAUGGAAUAAUAAUCAAUUAUUGCGUUAUAUUGUGAAUCAAAAAUUUAGAGUUGGUUAUUUAAAUGAUCAAGAUGCAAUAUUUGAAACAUUAUAUAAAAUUGAUAAAAAAACUUAUUAUCCGAUUAAAAUAAGUCCAGAUUUUGAAUCAAAAGAAUAUGUAAUUGAUAAUAUUGCAAGUAUAGUUGAUGAAGAUAUCUAUGCAAAACAUCAACAUUCAUUUGUACAAGGUAUUGAUCAUUUAUUACCUUUAAAACCUACAAUUUGUCAAGUUUUAAUUAAUUCAACUAUACCUGAGAUUUCAAUAAUGAGUAGUAUAUUUCAACUGAUAUUUGAGAAUGGUGAAGAUUGUGAAACAUUUUCAAAAGGAUAUCAAAGUUUUAUUUUACCUACUAAUAAUUUAAUCAAAUCUUCUUUAACUAAUAUUGAAUUAGCUUAUUAUUUAUUAAACUUUAAUACCAUCAGAGGGGCAACUAAAGGUACUACCGAAGAAGCAACUAAAGAAGUAAAUAAUGAUAUUAAAGAUUUACUUGAGAAUUUAAUGUUUUCAGAAUUUAUAUUUGGUGUAAAUAAUACUAAUAGCAAGGCAAAAGCAAAAAGUGGACUAAAGCAAGAAUUUAAAUUUAAAAAGAAUAAGCUAGAAGUUGGAAGUCUUGAAACUGAUAAUUCACAUGUAUUAUCCAAUGGUGCAAUCCAUAUAUUCGACGAAGGUGAGUCAUUUUUCAAAACAUUAAAAGUUCCAACUGUCGAUAUGGUUGCUCGUAAAGCUCUUUAUGCAUUAAAUUAUUCAAAUUUUGUGAAAGAGCUUCAAUUUAGAUCUCUAGAUUAUUUAAUUGAUGGGUCCGUUAAAAAGCAAAGUAUAAUUUUAGGCAUUGAUCAACGUGACGAUACAAAUGAAGAGGUUAAUUUGUUAUCAUUUAGCUCAAAACAAAAUCUUUUAUAUCAAUUUGUUAAUGAAGAGAUAAAAAUAAAAGAUGAUUUGCAUAUAUUAGUUGAUUCCAAAUUGUGCUCGAACAAGAAAAUUGGUGGUUGUUACAAAAUUAAGAUUUCGUCAUCAGCAGAAAAUGGAGAUACUAAAACGACAAUAAAUGACGAAGUGGAUGUAAUAGAAUCAAUUCCUAUUGCCAAUAGUAGUGUCAUUUAUAUUGGAAAUGAAGAAAUUACCCCUCCAGUAAAUUUAAAACAUUCAUUAGGUGACUUGAUCUCAAGUGGAACCAUACCUAGACAUUUGGAAAAUGUUGAAAUUGACAGAACAAGUUGUUUACGUACACUAGGAUAUUUAAAUACAUUUAACUUAUAUUCAUUAGAUGAUAACGAGGCUGGUUACUCAAUUUUCUUACCAUGUGGCGCAAAAACCACACAAAUUAAUAAAAAAACAAGUUUAUGGGAUGAUUUAGGUUUAGUAUUGGAUUAUUUAGAGCUGAAUCCAAAAUUAUUUAAAAAGAUUAUUCAAGGUUUGUUUUUAAAUGGUGUUGUCUAUUCAAAUUUUAAGGGUAAUAAAAAAUUAAAGAGUUUAAACGGUCAAAAAGUUCAAGUUUCUGGUGAACAAAAAAAUGACACCAAUUUCAUAAGUUUAAAUAAAACUAUAGUUGAAAUAGCUUCAAAUUCUGAUAUUUUAUUUAAUCAAGGUAUUGUUCAUGUCCUUGAUAAAAUUUUAUUACCUGAUGAUUUCCAAUUACCAAUUGAGGAUUUAAUCAAGACGACUUUUGAUACAAAGUUUCCUGGAUUUUCAAUUGAUAAUUUACUUAAGUUUUAUCCAAAAAUAAAAAAAUCUUUAACUGGCAAUCAUCCAUUUUCAUUGUUAGUACCAACACCUGAAUCAUUAAAAGAUUUUAAUAUUACAUCAUCAUUUCAUGAUUUAAUCAAAUUCAUUGAUUUCCAUUUGAUACCAAAUGAUGAAGUAAGUAAAAUAUUAGAUUGUAUAAAUGGUGUCAAUCAAGAUUCAAUUAUUAAAACCAACUUGUCGCAAGGUGGAUUAACAUGUAGACAUAAAAAUGACAAAGUAAUGCUUAAACUAUACAAAUUAAAUGAAACUGAGACUAACAUAGAGUCAUAUAAUAAAGAUCAAGAAGUGAGGGUAUUGAAACAUGGUUGUACAUCAGAAUAUAAAGGAUCUACCAAGGAUAUAUCAUGUAUAUUUCUCCUUGAAAAACCAAUGAAUUUAAAAUGGUUUGAAAAAACACAUACUGGUGAUAAUUUUUUACAUAUUCAUCUUGGUCUAGUAAGUGUUGGUAUUGGAGUUAUAUUAGGAUUAAUAAUGUUUGGUGGUGUCAUGGUUGGUUUUGUUUAUUGUACUAGUCGAAAGAAAACAUAUAAUUUAGAUAGUGAACAUUAUUUUCCAAGAUCAGAUUCUGGAUAUAUGAGUGUAUUAACUGAUGAUGAUGAAUAUUUACCAUAUGAUAGAGGUUAUGAGACUGAUACUGAUGUGUUAAGAUCUGAAACCGAUGGUCUAUUAUUACCAAGUAAUUUAAAAAGAAAGAAACGAAUUAAAAAAAUUGAUUAUGGAUCAAUAAUUAAUAACGAAAAUGAUGAUAAUAGAUUUACAGUAUUACCAAAAGCAACAUUACCUAGAAAUAUAGGUAAUUUAAAAGAAACAUUAAAUAGAGAUAGGAAUAUUCCUGGUUGUUCUCAAUUUUAA